GGCACCGAACCGACUUCCAGACGAUGAUCGCGGCUGUCUUGGUCGAAACCAACAGCAUUUGGGCUCGAGGGAAACCGACUGACAGUACUGUACGUUGCAGUGCAUCCGCCUCGCUUAGCCCCGGUUUAGCAGUAUCGAUUGAAUCAUGGCUCUCGGCAAGUUGGCGUUGAGCGCUCUGGUGGUCUGCUCCGCCGCAGCCCUCGCAGAGGAGGGGACCUGCGCUGCCGAGGACGGCUGCGACGAGGUGGGCCUGGCGCAGCUGCGCCGCGCGGAGGCGAGGGUCGCUCUGGCGGUGAACGCAACCAGCAGGUGCUCCAUCGGCUGCGAUCCCCACUCCAACCCGAUUGGCCGCUGCCCUGACUUGUCCGACUGCCCCGCCAGCGGUUGCUGCGACAAGGUGGUUCCGACGCCUGCGCCGACUCCGUCGCCGUCGCCACCUUCGGGCCCCUGCAAGGUGGGCUGCGAUCCCCACUCCAACCCGAUUGGCCGCUGCCCUGACUUGUCCGACUGCCCCGCCAGUGGAUGUUGCGACAAGGCGGCCCUGGCACAGGUGCGCGUGCAAGCGAGCGCAUCCAGCAGGUGCUCCAUCGGCUGCGAUCCCCACUCCAACCCGAUUGGCCGCUGCCCUGACUUGUCCGACUGCCCCGCCAGCGGUUGCUGCGACAAGGCGGGUCCGACGCCUGCGCCGACUCCGUCGCCGUCGCCACCUUCGGGCCCAUGCAAGGUGGGCUGCGAUCCCCACUCCAACCCGAUUGGCCGCUGCCCUGACUUGUCCGACUGCCCCGCCAGUGGAUGUUGCGACAAGGCGGCCCUGGCACAGGUGCGCGUGCAAGCGAACGCAUCCAGCAGGUGCUCCAUCGGCUGCGAUCCCCACUCCAACCCGAUUGGCCGCUGCCCUGACUUGUCCGACUGCCCCGCCAGCGGUUGCUGCGACAAGGCGGGUCCGACGCCUGCGCCGACUCCGUCGCCGUUGCCACCUUCGGGCCCCUGCAAGGUGGGCUGCGAUCCCCACUCCAACCCGAUUGGCCGCUGCCCUGACUUGUCCGACUGCCCCGCCAGUGGUUGCUGCGACAAGGCGGCCCUGGCACAGGUGCGCGUGCAAGCGAACGCAUCCAGCAAGUGCUCCAUCGGCUGCGAUCCCCACUCCAACCCGAUUGGCCGCUGCCCUGAUUUGUCCGACUGCCCCGCCGGUUGCUGCGACAAGGCGGGUCCGACGCCUGCGCCGACUCCGUCGCCGUCGCCACCUUCGGGCCCAUGCAAGGUGGGCGAUCCCCACUCCAACCCGAUUGGCCGCUGCCCUGACUUGUCCGACUGCCCCGCCAGUGGUUGCUGCGACAAGGCGGCCCUGGCACAGGUGCGCGUGCAAGCGAACGCAUCCAGCAAGUGCUCCAUCGGCUGCGAUCCCCACUCCAACCCGAUUGGCCGCUGCCCUGACUUGUCCGACUGCCCCGCCAGUGGUUGCUGCGACAAGGCGGGUCCGACGCCUGCGCCGACUCCCGGGAGUGGGUGCGCCUCGAACUAUUGUUGCUGGUGGCCUCAGCCAGGACAGUGCGGCAGUUGCGGCACCGAGUGGAGCAAUCGCGUGUACCUCCCGGGCUCGAAUUGCCCGGGCUUCAACGAGCGGUCAGACGCGUAUUCGGGUUGCCACAGUCCCGGGACUUGGUGCCGCUAGUUUGACGCGAGAGGCCUAAUUAGCACGUUGCCGCCUUGCCAUCGUUGAGGUGUAGUGACCAGCUUGUGCAGACCAACCAAUCGAUUAUUCGAGAAUGAAGCGCUCGUGCGGUUUAUAUACGCACGUGGGGCUGCCUACCAGUGGGCGCCAGCCAUCCAUUCGUAGGCAGUUCCUGUUUUGAGGUGCGAAACAGACAGCACUCAGGCGGGCGACCCCCGCAUCUCUGCAUCGCUGCCUCCACAUUCCAUCGCGGAGGAAAGCUCCGCAUCCUGAUGCUGCGCUCCUCCUCAGACUUCUCCACCUCCACCCGCCCCUUCCUCCGCCUCCGUUCCUCCUCUCCUCGCUCGCCCUCUGGUUCUCCUGAUCCGAGCACAAUAUAUGAC